CUGUGGUCUUCCGGUUACCAGCCCAGCGGUCGCAGUGUAAAUCGCAUAGUGGAUUUCCCCACACAAUACCCAGCCCUGGUUGUCAUUGCGAGCAGAGCCGACGCUUCUCCUGGAGAUCGCUUUGUAGCCAGCUUUCCAAAUGAGUAACGGGGAGUGUGACUGCUUCUGCUUCUUCCGUUGCUGCUGAGCGAACUCUCUACGCGCCUCGGGCAGACGGGAAGUGUUUCUAAACAGUGAGGCAAGCAGCUUGAACAGCACGCAAGGAGAAGAACCGACGUGGAGCUUUAAACAAGUCAUUUAAGCCACUCGAACCACCGACAGGUAGGCGAGCUGUCUACCUGUCCGGGUGGCUGAUCCAAUCGAUUGGAUGUCUGUGGACAUGAACAGCCAGGCAUCGGACAGCAAUGAGGAAGACUUUGGGGAGAACUUUGAAGACGAGGGAGAUGAUGAUGACGAUGGAGGAGACGAUGAUGAUCAGGCCGACAUUGAGGACUACUAUAUCGGCGUGUCCAACGAUGUGGAGCAGCAGGGCGCUGACUCCUUUGACCCCGAGGAGUACCUGUUCACCUGUCUGACCUACAAGGAGAGUCAGAGGGUGCUGUUAGAGGAGGUGAACACUGUGGCUGCUGCACUGAAGGUUGUACCAGCGGUAGCAAAACUGGUCCUGGUGCAUUUGCACUGGCACUUUACACAAAUACUGGACAGAUACAAGUCCAACUCGUCUCUGCUGAUGUCGGACGCUCUGGUCCAGCCCAGCAGCACCUCCAGAACAGUCACUCCCACCCAGUCCCUCCAGUGCGGUGUGUGUCUACAGGUCGUACGGAGAGACGCCCUGCUGGCUCUGCCCUGCCAGCACUCCUUCUGCCAAGGAUGCUGGGAACAGUACUGCACUGUCCUGGUCAAAGAUGGCCUGGGAGUGGGUAUAUCGUGUAUGGCUCAGGAAUGUUCCCUGCAGAUGCCAGAAGACUUCGUCCUGUCGCUGCUGCCAGGAGAGGAGCUGAAGGACAAAUACAGACGCUACCUCUUCAGAGACUACGUCGAGAGUCACUUCCAGUUGCAGUUGUGUCCGGGUGCAGACUGUCCCAUGGUGAUCAAGGUGCAGGAGCCGCGGGCGCGCAGGGUGCAGUGCAGUCGCUGCAGCGAAGUCUUCUGUUUCAAAUGCCGUCAGAUGUACCACGCUCCCACAGACUGCGCCACAGUCCGGAAGUGGCUGACCAAAUGUGCAGAUGACUCGGAGACGGCUAACUAUAUCAGCGCUCACACUAAAGAUUGUCCUAAGUGCAAUAUCUGCAUUGAGAAGAACGGAGGGUGCAAUCACAUGCAAUGCUCCAAGUGCAAACACGACUUCUGCUGGAUGUGUCUUGGUGACUGGAAGACUCACGGCAGUGAAUACUACGAGUGCAGCCGCUACAAAGAGAACCCUGACAUAGUCAACCAGAGCCAGCAGGCUCAGGCCAGAGAGGCCCUCAAGAAAUACCUCUUCUACUUUGAGAGGUGGGAGAAUCACAACAAGUCUUUGCAGUUGGAGGCUCAGACGUACCAGAGGAUCCAGGAGAAGAUCCAGGAGAGAGUGAUGAACAACCUGGGAACCUGGAUCGACUGGCAGUACCUGCAUAACGCUGCAAAGCUCCUGGCUAAGUGCCGCUACACCCUGCAGUACACGUAUCCCUACGCCUAUUACAUGGAGUCCGGCCGGAGCAAGAAACUGUUUGAGUACCAGCAGGCCCAGCUGGAAGCAGAGAUAGAAAACCUGUCGUGGAAGGUGGAGCGGGCCGACAGCUCCGAGAGGCCGGUGGUGGUAGGAGAGGGAGAGCUCUGCGCCAGCGACAGAGGGGAUCUGGAGAAUCAGAUGCACAUUGCUGAGCAGAAGCGACGCACGCUGCUGAAGGAUUUCCAUGACACCUGAACAUCCCUCGCCACUGCAAAGCACCAGCAUCUCCCUCCUAACUCCCCUCCCUGCUUUCUACCUUUGCUUCCUCUCAUGACCAUCCCUCGGUGCAAUCAUACUUACCCCACCCCCUUCUGCUCCUCUACACUCACUCAUUUGAUUCUUUCCUUCUGUCUUUCGCUCCUGUCACUCCCAAAAUGCUGCAGGGUCACAGAAUGGCACGAUUGUAUCUCCCUUUUCCUCAUCAUGCUCACCUUAUGUACAUGUUUCGGCUACAGAGCAUCAUGUUCACCAUGGUUACACUUUGAUGGUCUUUACAGAUCUGAUGAUGAAGGUCAAAUUGUUGAGGUCAGAAGCAACAACAUUUUUCCUAUGAUGCUGGAACAAAUAUUACAGAAUAUGUAAAAUGAUGAAAAAAAUGUGUUAAGCAGGCAAAGAAGAUGUGGGUAGUGGACAACUUUUUCUUUAAGGAGACAGUGAUGAUAAUGGAUCUGUUUUCCGUGGUUUCACAUAGACCAUAAUGACAAAGGGCUGGCAGUUGUAGUACUAACUGGAUUCCCCUGAACACAUUUUUUUUUUCUUCAGUUGACUCUCCAAAGCUGCAAAAGGUUAAAUGACAUAAAUUAGAAAUAAAUUGAUUAUGACGUAGUAUUUCUAGAAAGUUUAAUGAAUGAAGCUCUCAACUAGUGAAGUGUGAUCCUUCUAGAUGGAAAGUGCCACUGUCACUGCUUUGGCUUUGAGCAAACUUUAUUACCAACCAGGACGAUAAUAUACAACAUAAUACAUAUUCUGACAUCAUCCCUGUACAUGGUGUGUUUACUGUUGACCUCACAUACUCCUGAUAAUUAACAGAUACCAGUAUUUUCCUACAUAUGAUGCAUGUUCAUGAAAACAAAGUACUAAAGCAUAAGAAUAAUGUUUGUUUAAAUAAUUGAUUUUGUUACCAAUCUUUCGCAAUAAACGCAUCGUCCUUCCCCCUUUGGUUUGAUUUAUAGUUUAUAACCUGACGUACUACAGAUCUUACUGCUAGCAGAUAGUUGCAAGUUGUUAUGGUCAAAGUGAAACUACUAAAUAACUAAAACCCAUUUGUGUCUCUUUAUGCUGUUGUACUGAUUCUGUUGCUUUGUGUUCAGCUAGCGUAUAUCCAAACCAGUGUGAGCCAGACCUCGUUAAACCUAACACUUGCACCUCCACUGAUCAGAUUAUGAAGUUAAGGGUAAUCUAAUCCAUUCAUACACACGACAGGACCCACCUGCCAUCAUAGUCGGAGCAUUAUUAGCACGCAUUAACACAUGCUCAAACAGUCAUUUACAGAAAAUAAACAUUAACAGUUA